AAAUUGUGUUGUGAGAAGCAAUCUAGCGCAAUAGUGUGUAGACCACAGUUUACUUGUCUCGCGGCAACAUUGUCCGAAUCCGUUGCUUAUGAGACGGCUAUUUCUCUUUCUCUCUCAAGCAUUUUAACAAACACCACUUCUUCAAAACUCUAAUCACUUGCUGAGUGUGCGCUCCCUUCACCAUUUCAGAACAAACGAACGCAUUUGCUUAACUUGCGUGUGGCAAAGUCGUAAAAAUGGAGCGGAAGCAAGGGUUCUUCUCCGCGCUGAAAGACGAGGUGGUUCGCGGUCUGUCGCCUGCGCGCUCACGCGCCAAGAGCCCGGCAAGGAGCUCAUCGCCGAUGUCGUCGCUGCUGCGGCGGCGACGGAAGCACCACGCGCCGCCGCCGGAGCUCUUCAUCGCGAGAUCGGGCAGCCUGAGGCCGGCGGAGGCGCUCUCGCCGCUGAAGGAAGGACCAGACGGAACCGACGGCCAUGAUUCAACGCGCGGAGAGGGAAGGUGGGGCCAGUGGAUGAAAGGACCACUCGCGAGAGCACCCUCUGUUUCCUCCUCCUCAUCGUCCUCUUCCUCGUGCAAAAAGUCCGAUCUGAGGUUGCUGCUUGGCGUGUUGGGUGCCCCACUCGCCCCCGUGCACGUGUGCACCACGGACCCCUUCCCUCACCUCAGCAUCAAAGACAUCCCCAUUGAAACUUCGUCUGCUCAGUACAUAUUGCAGCAGUACAUUGCUGCUUCUGGGGGGCAGAAGCUUCAGAAUUCGAUUAACAAUGCUUAUGCCAUGGGGAAGGUGAGGAUGAUAGCCUCUGAGUUUGAGACAGCGAACAAGGUCACGCGCAGCCGGAACUCCUCCAAGGCUGCCGAGUCCGGUGGGUUUGUCUUGUGGCAGAUGAACCCCGACAUGUGGUAUGUUGAGCUUGCUCUUGGUGGCAGCAAGGUUCAUGCCGGUUGCAAUGGGAGAUUAGUGUGGCGGCACACGCCGUGGCUCGGUGCACACGCUGCCAAAGGGCCAGUUCGGCCUUUGCGACGCGCCCUUCAGGGCCUUGACCCUCGAACGACUGCAAGCAUGUUUAUCAAUGCAAGAUGCAUUGGGGAGAAGAAGAUAAAUGAAGAGGACUGUUUCAUCCUGAAGCUCUGUGCAGACCCCUCAACAUUAAAAGCCAGGAGUGAGGGUCCAGCGGAGAUCAUAAGGCAUGUUUUGUUUGGGUACUUUAGCCAGAAAACGGGGCUUCUUGUACACUUGGAGGACUCCCAUUUGACCCGCAUUCAGAAUAACGGUGGUGAUGCAGUGUAUUGGGAGACCACAAUAAAUUCCUUUCUUGAUGAUUACAGGCCUGUUGAGGGGAUCAUGAUUGCUCACUCGGGUCGUUCUGUAGUGACGCUUUUCAGGUUUGGGGAAACUGCUAUGAGCCACACUAAAACCAGGAUGGAAGAAGCUUGGACGAUUGAGGAGGUUGCGUUCAAUGUUCCUGGCCUCUCCUUGGACUGUUUCAUUCCUCCAUCUGAGCUAAGGUUUGCUUCCAUGAGUGAAGCCUGUGAGCUUCCUCAAGGUCAGAGGGUGAAGACUGCCGUGGCAGCAGCUGCAUACCAUGCCAAAGUUGCUCAACUACAAAAAUCGCAUGAAGGAAACACUAAUAACAUUAACUGGACAGUGGAUGUUUAGCUAAGAGGAAGUUCUGAACUAGCCUAGGCGUCUAGUUUUUUUUAACUUUUUGUGAACUAUCUGACAAAUUACUGCAGGUAAAUGGCAAGAUUGCAGCAGGGUUGUCAAGAGUUUUCUGCUGUGGGUCAUUGCCUCAUCAAAUUUGUAAAUAGAAAUGAUCAGUCGUGGAUCCUGGAAAGUGAAUUUCUGUACUGAGUUUUUGGUGGAUGAUUAUGUGCAUCAAGGUUUGUUUUUCCCACUUGCUUUCCAUCAGCGUGAAAUUGGGAAUCUGCUGAUCAUUUUAUAAGCUUUAUAAUUCCUGUAGAGUUAUUUUUUUUUUUCCUGUGAAAGCAUUAACCAUGAUGCUUGGAAAUCACAGUUAUAACCUUGAUUUCGUCACUGAGGUUUAAUAUCGAUAUUGCUGGUGACAUCCGUAAGGAAAUUUCUUCCGUCUUUGGAGGAAACUAUAUAUCAUUGAAGAACUUUAAAUAUGUUUAGUGCUGGUUGUUAUUAUGAAUUGUAAACCUAGUAGCCAGAGUAAGUAGAAGCUAAACUAUUCAUAGAUCUAAAUUUUUAUGCUUUUAAAGGACAUAUAUAUUGACAAAGCUUGUAUCAAUAUUUAAUUGUAACUGUUAGAAAUAUGUCAAGAUUUCCUAUAUUAUCAGAACUGUUCCUUUCUAUUUA